GGGGAAAUUAGAGUGUGUGUUUUAGCCGGCUGGAGCUCAGAGCGGGAUCAGAAACUGAAACUUUCAGACUUGAUCUUAUUGCACGCUUCCGGAGCGGCUCUUUUAUUAAGCCUUUGGACUGAACAAACCAUUUAUUUUUUCUUUUCCUCUUUGAUUGGUGAUUUCUGUUUUCUUUUUAUCAGUCUUUCAUAUUUCGUCUCACAGACUGAACAAUACAUUGAUUUUUAUUAUCAUCGUCAUAUUUUAAGUGCAGAUCAUCAAAGAUCGUUUGGUUUUGCGCUCCAGCGCAGUGUCUGGGUCCCUGGGGGCCUUUUUCAUUUAUAAGGACGAUCUUCAUCAGGUUACACGCGGCGCAGCUACGUGACUCCUCUCACUCCUCCAACCCGGACUGGCAGCAGAUAACCCCUGCUCAGCAUCUCUAAUAGGCACAUAUUCUUACUUGAUUGGGGGAUUUUUAUUUUAUUAUUAUUUUUUUAUGCAUUUCUAACCCUGCGUAAAGUUGAACGUGGAGGGACCGUAUCUCCCUGUGCGCCAACUCAGUGAAAUGACACCGGUUUUUGUUUUCGCGACUGUGGUGGCGCUUUACCUGCUGCUUUCACCUGUACAGAAUUUGCCCAUGCCAGACACAAACAGCACCACUGGAGUGUUGAUGUUUCAAGAGGUGUGGGGUCGCAGUUUCUGCCGGACAAUGGAGAAGCUGGUGGAAGUUGUCCAGGAAUACCCGACAGAGGUGGAGCACAUUUACAGCCCCUCCUGCGUGCCGUUGGUUAGAUGUGCGGGCUGCUGCGGUGAUGAAAACUUAGAGUGUCAUCCCACUGAAACUUCAAAUGUCACAAUGCAGCUGUUGAAAAUCCGACCUUCAGAACCAGGUGAAGAAUAUGUUGAGAUGACCUUUGUGGAGCAUAAGACAUGUGAAUGUAGAGAGCGGAAACCUUUGGUGAAAGUUGGAAGGAAAAGGCAAAGAGGAAGAGGAAGGAAGAGAAAGGAGAGACAAAAAACAAAAGACUGUGACAGGUGCCAGAUUCCCCGCAGGUAACUUCAGCGGCAACCCAACCUCCUGUUGCAGCGUGGCUGUCUAUUCAUCGAGCCCGGUGACAGCAUGAAGAGUCUCCUCCAAUGAUCUAUCAAACACUGUGUCUGCUGCCAGAGACUCCAACAGCUGGGUUGGUUUGCUGACAUGCUGUCGAUAACGAACAGGGUGUCUGCAAUGACGAAGUUCAACAGGACGUGCGAUUUGAUUGGUGGAAACACUCUGUUACAUACCUGACACAAUGGACAUCCCUGGGAGCCAGUGCAAUGUAGAAAACGAAAGACUCAUGUUUUGAUCUUCCACCUGAUAUUAUUGUGUUAGUUACUUUGUCGGUUAUUCUUGUAUUUAAAGGCGGUUACACUUAAAUCUCUAUAUUUAUUGUUAAAGUCGUUAGACCAA